AUGUCUGUUCUCCGUUCGUGGACGACUAGGAUAAAGCCAGCCUCGAAACCCAAAUCAAAGCGACCUUUGGAGCCCGAAUCAAAGCCAGGUCCAAAGCCUUCAAAGCUAGAUGACCUUGGGUUUCUAGAGGUUGCACCUGGAGUCGAUCCCGUCGUCGAUAUUGUCGCCAUUCAUGGUCUACAAGGUCAUAGAGAGAAGACAUGGACGACGGACGAUCAAAUUUAUUGGCUGCGUGAUCUCUUGCCUUCCGACUUGCCCAAUGUCCGAAUCCUCAGUUAUGGAUAUGAUGCCGACACCCGCAAUCAUGAAUGCGUAUCCACUCAGACGAUCAGUCGACACGCUGAUGGAUUAGCCAAUGCGCUUGCAAGGAUACGGAAAGACGCUCCUCGGCGUCCCAUCAUUUUCAUUGCACAUAACAUAGGAGGUAUCAUUCUCAAGCGGGCUCUUGUUAUCUGUCACAAUCAGAGCCUGGAAUCAAAGGGUCAUCUCCGAGAUAUUCUAGUAUCCACGCAUGCAGUCUUGUUCUUUGGGACUCCACACUUUGGCAUCGAAAAUACGACUGUCAUCGAGGGUAUCAAUCGCGUAUUGUCGUUGUACAUGGAAACGACAGACGCUAUUCUCAAAGGUCUUCAAUCUCACUCGCCAGAGCUCGAGAAUAUUCAGAAAGAUUGGGUCGCGGCGAGCGAAAAGAUUAGCAGGAUAUUCUUCUGCGAGGAUUACGUUAUGUCCAGUCGACGAGAACUUACUGUCCCGCAUCGGUCGGCUGUUAUCGCCGGUGACCGCAAUGCAACGACAAUUGUUCUCCAUACGGAUCACCGCAAUCUGGUUCGAUUCUCUUCCAAGGAGAACGACAACUACAAGACAGUUCGCUUUCAUCUCAAUGACUACGUCGACACUGCGCCUGAGGCAAUACGUGAGAAAUGGGUACGAGAGGAUGAUUUCCGCAACUUAGCAAAGGGCGAGCCCAUCUCGGAAAGGGUCAUGGUGCAGUCCAAGGAGAUUCUUGACAACUUGGAAAAAACUGCGAUACUUCAGCUUCCAUUGGUAGCAUUCGCUCCAUCCUCAGUCCACACUACCUGUCUCGAAGGAACGCGCAAGGCUGUACUUCAGACCAUCUGCGACUGGGCCGACGACAAUUCGGCGAGGCCCAUAUUCUGGCUAUGCGACAUUGCUGGCUCCGGGAAAUCUAGCGUCGCAAUGACCGCAAUGGAAACAUGGCGAAAGGAGGGAAAGCUAGGUGGCCGCUUUUUUUUCUCCAUCGCAAGCAACGAAGCUUCGACAACCGAGAAACUCUGCUCGACUAUAGCAAGAGACCUUGUCAAACAUAUCCCUGAGCUCGCUCCACAAGUGGCUCAGGCUGUGAAGCAAAACACAUCUAUCCUACAGAGUCCUGUCAAGGAGCAGUUCCGGGAGCUCAUCACGGAUCCUCUUAAUGUCCUACAAGGACGCACAAUUCUUGUCAUCGAUGCAGUCGACGAAUGCAAGAAUGCAUCGCAGCGCAAGGAAGUACUUGAAACCCUGUCGACGGCCGUUCGACAAUGCGAGAACCUCCGGAUAUUCAUGACGAGUCGUCCCGACCCUGUCAUCGAAGCCGCACUGGGGUCGCUCUCGAUCAAAUGCAAGUUGGAGGACCGCCUUCACGACGUCAGCCACCCCGAUAAUGUCGACGACAUUGCAGUCUACGUACAUCAAUCGCUAAAUCAGGUCCUCUCAGAGGACAAGAGACAGCGAUUAGUCGGUAAAGCCAACGGGUUGUUCAUUUGGGCGAGCACUGCGUGCCGGAUGCUCAAAGACGAAACCACUCUGAACACUCCCGAUAGUAUAUAUGAUCGCCUGAUUUCCUUGGAGGAACCUGGAGCUAUAGACGAGGUAUAUGACCUCAUCUUCGAGCGCACAGACAAAGAAUCCUACAAAGUCCUAUGUCACAUGCUCGCUUUACUUCUAGUGGCGUUUGAGCCACUCACGAUGGACGACAUGGAGGACCUUGUAAAGCACGUCGGAGUGCGGGGAAGUGUCAAGGCGUUGAUCAAGAACCUAGGAAGCGUGCUUAGUCUGGAAGCGGGUACAAAUCUGAUCCAGUUCCGUCAUCCCACCCUUGUUGAGUAUCUCGGACGGCGUUCUAUCCCCAUAGCCGCUCGAGGGCGCAAUGGAAUACAUCUGGACGUUGUCAAUGCACACGGGCAAGCUGCAUCGUGGUGUGUUAAAUGCCUCAAGUCGCGGACUGAUGGUCUCAAGUUCAACAUAUGUCAAAUCGAGUCAUCUUUCUACCCCAACAGUCAGAUCCCAGACCUCGAGGCAAGAAUAUCAAAGUUCAUUCCAAGAAGACUUCGAUAUGCAAGCUCCAAUUGGUUGUUCCAUGUGUCAGGAGCGGACGACAGCAGGCGAUGCAUGCUUGAAAACGAAUUUUGUGACAUUAUUAAGAGCCCAUACGUACUCUACUGGAUGGAGGCUCUGAGUUUGACUAGAGGUGUUCCACGAGCAAUCGCCGGUCUGCGAGCUCUUGCGCGUCACGUUGAACUCGGAGAGGAGACUAAAAGCCGGAUCAGCGAUGUAAGAAGGUGCUUGACAGCGUUUUCGGUGCCAAUUCAAGACAGCGCUCCGCAUGUCUACAUCUCAGCGCUUCCGUUUGCACCAAGGGACUCGACUCUACGUCGUGAAAGUCUACGCGAGUAUAGUGGGACCUUGCGUGUGAUUCGAGGGCUCGAGGAUACAUAUCCUGGGUUCCCAAGAGCUCUUCGAGGUCAUUACGACGGCGUCACGGCCGUCGCAUUUUCUCCAGACGGCUCCCGAAUUAUUUCUUGCUCUGAAGACCAGACGAUUCGGCUUUGGGAGGUGGAUACGGGUGAGCAGGUGGGAAAGCCGCUCCGAGGCCAUAGUGACUCGGUCAACGCCGUCGCAUUCUCGCCAGACGGCUCACGAGUCGUCUCUGGCUCUUGGGACAAGACGAUUCGACUUUGGGAGGCAAAUACGGGUGAGCAGGCGGGAGAGCCACUCCAAGGCCAUAGCUACUCGGUCAACACCGUUGCAUUCUCGCCAGACGGCUCACGAAUCGUUUCUGGCUCUGACGACUCGACGAUUCGACUUUGGGAUGCAAAUACGGGUGAGCAGGUCGGAGAGCCACUCCAAGGCCAUAGCUACCCGGUCUUGGCUGUUGGAUUCUCGCCAGACAGCUCACGAGUCGUCUCUGGCUCUUCGGACAAGACGAUUCGACUUUGGGACGCAAAUACGGGUGAGCAGGUCGGAGAGCCACUCCAAGGCCAUAGCGACUCGGUCAACGCCGUCGCAUUCUCGCCGGACGACUCACGAGUCGUCUCUGGCUCUUCGGACAAGACGAUUCGACUUUGGGACGCAAAUACGGGUGAGCAGAUGGGAGAGCCACUCCAAGGCCAUAGCUACUCGGUCGACGCCGUCGCAUUCUCGCCAGACGGCUCACGAGUCGUCUCUGGCUCUUCGGACAAGACGAUUCGACUUUGGGACGCAAACACAGGUGAACAGGUCGGAGAGCCACUCGAAGGCCAUGCUGACUCGGUCAAGGCCGUCGCAUUCUCGUCAGAUGGCUCACGAGUCGUCUCUGGCUCUUCGGACUACACGAUUUGCCUUUGGGACGCAAAUACGGGUGAGCAGGUCGGAGAGCAGCCCCGAGGUCAUAGCGACUCGGUCACCGCCGUCACAUUCUCGCCAGACGGCUCACGAGUCGUCUCUGGCUCUUCGGACAAGACGAUUCGACUUUGGGACGCAAACACGGGUGAGCAGGUCGGAGAGCCGCUUCGAGGUCAUAACUCCUCUAUUAACGCCGUCGCAUUCUCGCCAGACGGCUCACGAGUCGUUCUGGCUCUUCGGACAAGACGGUUCGACUUUGGGACGCAAAUACGGGUGAGCAGCGCCUCGGUCAAGGCCGUCGCAUUCUCGCCAGACGGCUCCCGAAUUAUUUCUUGCUCUGGCGACGAGACGAUUCGGCUUUGGGAGGUGGAUACGGGUGAGCAGGUGGGAAAGCCACUCAAAGGUCAUAGCGCCUCGGUCAACGCCGUCGCAUUCUCGCCAGACGGCUCACGAGUCGUCUCUGGCUCUUCGGACAAGACGAUUCGACUUUGGGACGCAAAUACGGGUGAGCAGGUCGGAGAGCCGCUCCGAGGACAUAACUCCUGGGUCUUGGCCGUCGCAUUCUCACCAGACGGCUCACGAAUCGUCUCUGGCUCUAUGGACGAAACUAUUCGACUUUGGGAUGCAAAUACGGGUGAACAGGUCGGAGAGCCACUCGAAGGCCAUGCUGGCUCGGUCAAGGCCGUCGCAUUCUCACCAGACGGCUCACGAGUCGUCUCUGGCUCUAUGGACGAAACUAUUCGACUUUGGGACGCAAAUACGGGUGAGCAGGUCGGAGAGCCGAUGGAAGCGACACUCCCACUCCAAGAUUCUGACGACUCGGUCAACACUGUCGCAUUCUCACCAGACGGCUCACAAAUUGCCUCUGGCGUUGAAAAUAUUAUUCAUCUAUGGGAUGCAGUGAUUAGUCACUCAUCGCAACAGCCACAUCAAGAUUGCAAGGACGCUGCCUCCUCGCCGGACGGUCUGCAAACCGUUCCUAAUUCAAUAGGUGACAUGAAUGCAGUGUUCCAUCUAGACUCCAGUCAGUUUGGUCCCUACCUAUUCCUGAAUGUAGAGCGAGCUGACGAUUAUCACUAG